AUGGCUCGGAGUUCUAAGUCACGACAAACAAUUCCUGCUCGGACUUCCUGGAAGGCCUCAGCGACUAUAUUUCUCGGCUUCGUUGUUCUGAUUUGGGCCAUCUGCCCACAUGUAUUUACGCCAAAACCAACCGAUUUAUCGACGGGCUCUCCAGGCCCCCGAGGCCAACCACCUCGAUAUGCAUUCGCCACGAUCCUGACAAGACGAAGUGAUCUGGAAUACCCUGAUGUCAAAACGCCAUAUCUUCAGGCAACACGACUACUUUCCUUCCAAUUACUUCGCAAUCCGCGCACACGUACUAAAAUCCCGAAUGCACAGCUGAUCAUUCUUGUAACUUCCGAAAUCCCGGAAAGUGAUCGUGAUAUUUUGAGAAGAGACGGCGCCCUUGUGAUCCCUGUCGAAACGCUGCCCUUUUCCGAGAAAUACAAGGACGUCCCUGUCCCGGUUGGCUUGAAUAUAUGGCAAUUGUCGGAGUACGACAAAGUUCUAUACCUAGAUCCAACAUCUGUUGUUCUUGAUCCAUUGGAUGAUAUUUUCGAAGACACAACAACAACUAUAAUACAGAUGACAAUCGAUGCCCAAGAUCACCUACCACAAAGCUAUAUGAUGGCGGGAUGGAAUCAACGGUAUGUGGAUUCAAAAUUAUCCGAUGGCGGUGUCCGGCGUGAUAAAAUAGAGAACCUCAAUGCGAUGAGUACUGGCUUCUUUGUGACGCACCCUUCAAGCGACAUGUUCGAGUACUAUAUUCGGUUGUUACAUUCAAUGGAACAAUCAAGCUUUGAUCAUUUGACCCAAAGCAUUCUCAACUAUGCCCACCGCACAGACGGACCUAUGCCCUGGAGAAGCAUCGGACCAGGAUGGAGCAUGACAGGUCCCAGUCGAUGGGAUAUUGAAAAUGGAUUGAGAUCGAUCAACCAUGCGUGGUGGCGGCCCGCCGCAAACGAAGCCGUUCAAGGUCGCAUAGAAGAGACGAUGGACGAAAUGGCUGCUUAUCUGAACCACUAG